UUCCUUCCUUCCUCUCUCUCUCUCUCUCUCUCUCUCUCCCUCUCUCUCUCUCUGUACUUCUCACUCCGGACGACUUGUCGGGAAUCCUGAAAUCGCGCACGCACACUGCCACACGGUCGUCUACGAUUUCCGAUGGCACGACGACGACAAGGACGUAGUCCUCGUAUGUUUCGCAUGCUUUCCCGAGGGGGAUUUCGAUCGAUCGUUGAAACGCGUCGAAAUGCUCGAGUUGGAAGUUGUUUUGCGGGUAGACCAGGAAUUUUGGGUUUCCAUUAACGCAGCAGGGAACAACGCAUUCGGUGAGAAUUACGAGCGAGAAAUUAAUCUUAUUAGUUUGCAAGUGACACUUCGUCGAGUCGAUCUCGAAAAGAUUACAGUCGAUCUAUGUACAUUAUCAUUGCCUAUCGCAACUACGAAAACGAUUUAACGGGAAAGAAACUAGAUAACGAAAGUGAGAAGAAACCGGUGGCAAAAAAGCUCUCGACCACGAAACGUUCACGGUAUCGAGUCGGGCCAACCACGACCCUCCUUCAACGUCAAAAGCAUAAUCCCCAGCCGGCCGGAGAGUUCGCAAUAAUCGUAGAGAUAAAAAUGCGUGGCGCCUGGCGUUCGUGAAAACAGUUCGGGAAAAGUAGGGAAGAAGGAGUGAAAAGCGUUUAGCGAGUAUUUACGUGGCGAAAGUUUGGUAGCGAAACGAUCAAAAGGAGGUCUUUUCUCGUGGCCCGAGUCCGAGCACGUAAAGAGAGCGAACGAACGAACGAAGGAAGACGAGGAAUAGAUUCCUGAGGGAUAUCCUAAAGGGGCGGCGGAGUGGCGGAGCCACCGAAACAAGGGUGAGCCAGUCCCUGAGUCCUUGAGCCACGGAUACACUCGUGCCACAAUGAGGGAACGGUACUCAGCCACUGAAUCAACCCCUCGGUGCCCUCUUGCUCCCUUCCACGGGUUCCCUCUCGUCCGGCAACACCCUCUCGCGCUCCUCUGCUUCUUCAACACUACGUGAUUAUUUCAAAAAGCUGCAAGCCAAGAGACGAGUCAUCCUCUCUUCCUCUUUCGCGCGUAUUCCAUCCUUGGUCGGACUACCUUUCCUCUCAUGUUUCUCUUUCAUGGUGCGUGGAAACGCGCUCGUGCGCACGCCCAAGCAACCAUCUACCCCUGCAAUCUCUCGAGUGAAAAGGACGAAACUCCUCCACGUCCCUCUCACUGCCUACUAUCAGCCUCGUAGGGGUAGGUCGCUUUACGCGGUACCUCGUUUACCUUCUUAAACGCGCGGAACAACGAUCUCCCGGUUUUGGAUAUAUUUAAAGAGGGGUUAGCGAAAACCUCGCGGAUGGAUGGCUUUCAUGAAACUCGCUUCGUCAACGUGUUCGUUUCAGACGCGUAAUUCGCGUUCGGAUAUGUGGAACGACGGCUACUAGAAUAUUAAAUAACGCUCGGAUAUCGGGAAUCUUUCGGAGGAUGUCGCGAACCGGAAUACACCAUCUGCGGUGAAUUUCGAAUACGAAAAUAGACGUUGACCUGUUUCCAAAACCGAUCUCUUUCGUUAAUAGUUAAGUAUUCAAAUUACUCCAUUUCUGUCGAUCACUUUGAUCAAACUUAAAUCUAUUUAUUUUACUCGAAUAUUUUCGCCGCUUUUCCUAUAUUCUAAAAUUGGUUUUCCAACGAGCAGCUCCGUUUACGACGUCUCGAAAAUUCUUUCUCACGGAACGUUUGCAGAGUGGUUAGGGGUAAAUCAAGCUUGCGGUAAAUUGAAAUUUCGCCCCGAUACGUCGACGCAAUAUCUCUUGGUAACGCUGGCAACGGUGAAAAUACAUUUACAUUCCGUUUCGACCGCUAAGCGUAUAUCUAUAAGUUGUCGUCGUGGAUUCCAUAGAAACGGGCAACGUGUUUCUCCGUUUCUUUAUAGAAGACAAUUACAGCGAAUCUUGAGGCCGGCACGUGUGUGAGAAACGGCCGCCGGAUCGGAGGAGGGAUUAUCAUUAGAUAAACGGCCACUGGUUCGAAAGUCGUCGCAUUAAUAACGCUCGCGAGACCGUCCGCGCUCUAUAGUAGGUCUCUUCCUGCAGCCAGUGUCAAUGUGACGUGUAUCAAACGUUACGACAUCGUGUUGACCUUAAAUUAGACGCGCGAAACCGUUUGCGGCCGGAGCUCCCCUUUCAAUUCCUCGAAACUUUUAGUUAGCAGCCGUUGUUACGUUGCGGCCAGACUCAUCGGAUAUUCAACAUUGAUUCUAUCAAAGUAGCAACGCGUUAAUUAUCCGCUUGUUCUUUUUCCUCCUUUUCUUCUUUUAAACGGAUAACGAGAGAAAACGAAUUUCUUGUUCAAGGCCGUGUAGUACAGGUAGAAUAGCACGAGGAGAGCGCAAUCGAGCAAAUGGGAAAACUCACGCCCACUUUAAUUACUGGCGUUCGCAGCGGCUGGCCAGGAUUGCCGGCUGCACUACCGUCGCCGGCUUCACCGUCCGCGGUAAUCGUUUCGCCGGAAACGCUGUCUAGACACAGCAGCAGCUCACCCUCCCGCGCUCACCGGCCACCCCAGUUCGCCCUGGCUCUACCAUGCUCCUCGCAGCCGAUUUCCGCGGUCUGCUAUCCGGCACCGACCUUCCUCGAUGUCGCCGAGGACCGGAAGUGGAAGAAGCUUGGAUGUGACGCCCUGGCAACGACUUUUAGCGCUCUUUACGGAAAGCUGCUGGUCGUCAUGGGAAUCGCUUUUCCCAUGGCUGAAGUAAUAUCCACCUACAUACCGCCAUCGUUCUACGAAGGAUUCUACCUUUACCUCUACUUCGGCAGUAUGAUCUUUCUCGUCUACAUGUACGCCACGUUGCUUCGCGACGGCAAAUCCAAGUCAAGAAGGUCCGCUACGAGUUGUUUUACGAAGAAACGAAAGGACGUGUGCGACCUGGACUCGUCGCGAUCGUCGAGCGGCGCCGGUGGCGACAGCGAUGUUGCGGACACCACGUGUCCGCACGUGACUGCUAUCAAACCAGCCCAACACUAUGGAAGCUUUUAUCUACGAAUGGGUGCGGUGGCGUUCGGUAUCGGCUCGAUGAUCUACUCGGGACUGGAAUUUGGUCAGUACUUCGAGCUGGAGCAGAACACCAAGUGCCACAACAUCAUGCUCGCCCUCACCCCGGCCACUAGGAUGGCGUUCAUCUUCAUACAAAUGUACUUUAUAUUUCUGAACAACGAGCAAAUGAAAGUUUAUCGUCAUCGGGUGGUUGCGCGUUUCGGACUGAUGCACAUGAUUGGAACGAAUCUGUCGGUCUGGCUGAGCGUUCUUGUACAGGAAACGAAACACGAGAUAUUGACGUUCUACAAUCCGGAGAACAACUCGUUAAAGAUCUCCCACAGAUUAGGUUCGAAGGCCAAUCUUAAUCUUGGGGGACAUAAUCACUACCACCAUGGCGAGCACCUGAGGCUUCCGAGAGGUCUGAAAGGGCCGCAUCACAUGUUCGAGUGUCGUCGAACCAACAUAAUGGGAUCGUUAGUCCAGGACGCCAGCCCGUUUCUAUUUCCUUGUACGAUCGAGUACAGCUUAAUUUGUGCUGCGAUUCUAUACGUAAUGUGGAAGAAUAUAUCGAAGGCGGCGUUUUCUCAGCCUAAAACACCUCCUGGAUCCCGGCAUCAUGCGCACGCUUACAGGAGAUCGCCGCAUCACUACAGCGUGGAUUGUGCCCGGGCGCACAAAGGUCUGUUCGUCGGCAUCUUGAUCCUGGUGCUAACGAUCAUCUCGCUAAUUUUAUUCUUCGUGUUAAUAUCGCGUCCAGAAUUGGUCAGCUUCGCCGUCACCGAAGUGAACGUCUGCGAGUUAACGUUAUACGGAAUGUCGACGUUGGCCACGCUGAUAGGGAUGUUCCAGAUGCGAAAGCUCCGUUACGACGGCACCCGAAACCUAGAACUGGACAACAUUCUUCUAGUAGCCGCGCAGACGGGCAUGUUCAUUUAUUCAACGUUCACGAUCAUCGGCGCGCAGUUUACUCUGGCCAAGCACACGAUCUUGGUGCUUAUUACGGCGUUGGCGAGCGUUGUGCAGACUACGUUUCAAACCAUCUUCAUUUUGGACGCGUCAAGGAGAUCUGUCGUCACUGCGAAACAAAUAAGGAGGAAACCGGGUAGAGAGAUCGUGACGUUUCUACUAGUGACGAAUCUGGCGAUGUGGGCCAUUAACACGUUGGAAAAAUCGCGAGCGGAAUCGCACCCGGUGCAGUUGCAUUUCUAUGGCCUGUGGGCGUGGACGAUCAUCACGCACGUCUCGAUGCCUCUGGCGAUCUUCUACAGGUUUCACAGCACCGUCUGUCUGUGCGAAGUUUGGAAAAGGGCGUACAAGGUGAAACCAACCUACAUGUGACGUAAGGGGUCUCGUGAGGUCGUGUACAAGACCACGGCUCCUCAACGACCGAAAACCUUACCGGGCAGGCUGGAUGCCAUCGCGGAGAACGAUCCAAUUUACUUCAUGUAAUCGCGGAGAAAAGUCCUCUUUGUGAGCUACGUGGUCCAAGGUCGACGUCCUUUUACCUCUUCUUCGUCAAAUCCUCGUCCUACGUCCCUGAGGUGUUGCAAAAAGCUGUCGAUACAAUUUACCAAGUUCACUAUGUUAGUCGAGUAAGCGUUUCGAGGCGUUAUGCGUUGUUUUAGGUUGAUUUAGACACGUUAUACGUUAACGAUUUCACGUUAAUAACGCGUUAGAACGAAACUCGACGAACCGUAGAGGAGAAAGUGGUUGGCAGCCGCGUUUGUUUUCGAUCGUCGAGAAGUUGCGUUAUUUAUUAUCGUUUAGAUAAUUGUAAGAAGCUUUUAUCUGGAAUCGUCGUCGCGCUAAAACGAAUCACGAUGUACAUACGCAGUUCGUACGUGACGAGAUUCAGGAACGAACUGCGAACGAACGCGCAGACAUUUUGAAAUUUUUUAAUGGUAAUCUAUUUAAGGGAAACAAGUAAAAGAGUAGGAAAGAAUGGAGGCACGAUUAACGACGCACAAUUUUUACCGGGGUUAGAUGUUAGACGAUUAGUCGCUUAGAAUCGUCGAAGCAACGACUGUUCCUUCGAUUUUCUCGGGAACAAUGAAAUUUCUGUUCGAUAAGUAAGCGUUAAGACGAUUUUCUACCGAUCAAAAUAGCGAAUGAGAGAAAAGAGAGAAAGGCAGCGAGUGUGUGUAUACGAAAGAAUGAGAAAAGAAAGAAAGGUCUUUUUCCUUUGAUCGUAAACGUUCGUAAGACUGAAUUCUAAGCAACCUUAGGACGAUGGUUAAGGUGAUAGAAGAACGAUUACGUUUCUGAUGCAAGUCGACCAAAAAAUCCGCGUUAACCCAGAGAACCCCUGAUCGAUCUGUCCUUCGAUGUUACUCGAAUACUCUCACGGAUAUCCGUCUUCCACGUAGUACAAAGCUGCAACUUAACAUAAUGUCCCUGGUUAUUCGAAUGAAUAAUUCAAAGAGAGAGAGAGAGAGAGAGAGAGAGAGAGAGAGAGAAAGAGAGAGAGAGAGAGAGAGAAACUAAAAGAAUAAUCCAACGAUCGAGAGAAACAGAUUACCUAUAGCGAAGUCCUGACUGAACAACUCGAAUAGUUUUUUAUAUUGUUACUACGUCGUAGAUGCUCUCGUCGUAAUUUUUUUACUCGAAGGGAAAGUGGUUUUGAAGAAAUAAGUAUAAAAGUCCAACGCGUCUGUCACGAUAGUUGUACAAAGUAAAUGUAUAGUCUGUUUCUCACGAUUUUAUGCGGCAACGUCUCGCGAUCGAUCGAUCGUCCGCAUUUCGAGGAAACGGAAGCCUCGAGAGUCGAGCGUGCGAGCACACAACGUUUAUCCUAUACGAGUCCACUUGAAUCACAUCGAAAUUGCAAGCCUUCAACGGUUCCUCGCAUGGCGUUGCACGUUAGUCACGAAUCUAAAUUCGAAAUAUCGGUUUGUAGAGAGAAACGCGGUGAGAAUGAGCGAGAGGAAGGGGGAGGUCUGAGUUUUAAACAUAGCACCGAAUCGAUGCUUCGUGCGUUAUUUCCAACUGUUUCGAAAAAAGAAAAAAAAAAAAGACAAAACAAAAAAGAAAGAAAGAUAGGUAGGUUUAUAAAAAAGAAAUUCACGAGAUUGUUAAACGGUGGCAAUAAUGCAAUAAAGCAUCGUCCCGUAGAUUCCCAUAGAUUUAUCACGCGAAGUGAUAGAAAGAAAAUGUUAAGAUAAAAAAAGAAAAAGAGGAGAUAAGAUGAAGAUAACGUUCGAAGGAGGAACAGAGUACAAUGGCGAAUCAUAUCAUUAAGCCUUAAUCCGUCGAGUGUGCUGUCCAAUCUCUGAAUAAUUAAAAAAGGAAAAAGGGGUAUCGAAGAAUCGCGAUCGACCGCAACCUUGAAAGAAUUAGCCGAGACGACCUGCUCGAGUGUGUUUCAUACAUUUUCUGCUCAACGGAUGGUCCCUCGAGGAGAGACCGAAUGAGAGAGUCGUACCGAUCUAAUCGAUCGGUGUACGAUACUAUUGUUCCGCGAGAAUGCCCGUAUGCGUUUGUUUUACCGCGUGUUGUGUGAGACGGCUGCAUGACGAUAUGUGCGUGUGUCCCUUGGGAACAACUCGACGAGAAAAAGAAUGGUCAGCAGAGAGAUAAAGAGGAAAUGAGAAAGCGUCGAAAGCGUAAAACGUUCGGUAGAGACAUUUUUAGUAGUUAAACGCGUGUUUGUCGUGCGAUAGGCGCUUUUUUUUUAUUCUUCGUCGAUAAACGAUCACACUUUCAGCGAUACUGGAAAUCUAAGCUGCAUAGUUGAACCGGUUGAUUCUUUUGUAAGAUGUAAAAAUUCGACUGUGAGGCGGCUGUAAAUACGGGGUUUCAAGUAGAAAGAAAAGAAGAGAACGUAAGAAGGAUAAGCGAAGAGAAAAGAUAAGAAAAUGGAUCCUCUCGGUGUUUAGAGCUAGUUGUGUCGACAUGUUUCUUCCUAUAUUAUAUAUAAUAUAUACACAUAUAUAUACAAAUAUAAAUAUAUUUAUUA